AUGGACGACAAGCGAGAGCGACACCGCCCGAGAUACGAACUUGAGACUUAUCUUUUCAGCAUUCACGAUGACAACACCAGGUUCUCGGUUCGUAGAAACGGCAAGCUUUUCCAUAUUCGCGUAUCUCCUUCAGAUUUUAUCAACUCGCCUAUCACGACAAAGAAAUAUAUGUCGUACCUAGAGCUUCUUCGAUCAGGCGAGGAGGUAAUCGGGGAUGUCUAUGACACUGACGUCUUCGAGUGGGUUACACAGCCAUUCGAACCGCUGUUCGUCGAACUGGCACCGAGUCCUGUCCUGCCAGAUAACCAUACAAACAUCACAGUCACUCUCAAAGAGUACCUGUUCCCCGACUUGUUUAUCCUUGCGCUAGACGUCGUGGAUGAAAGGCUGUACCCGCGUCGUAUUGAGGCGAAGAAAUCGCCCUACUCUGCAUCACAUGUCUGGCUCGACGACGACGACCUUGAUGAUCUAGAGACGUGGACAGUCCUAUACGAUCCGGCUGGGAUAGUGCUAAGCUUUAGCAAUCCUGAAGAUGCGCUCUUUAAACCGCCCAAAAAGGUUCUUAUCGAUAACAAACAGAGAGCAUGCUUCUUUAAGCCAUGUUUCUCUACCAUUCAGACAAAGAACGAGCUCCAGGCGUAUAAGAAGAUUGCUUUAGCUAAUCUAGACCCGCAUCUAAACCUAUGUCGCCUCUAUGGGGUUGUCAUAGACGAUGGCGGUUCCAUCCUGGGUCUGUUACUCAGUUAUAUCGACCAUGACGGCCAUACCCUGUCGACGAAGGUGGACCCUGAUUAUCCUUCAGCCUCUACGAGGAAGAGAUGGAUGGACCAGAUUGAAGCAACAGUUGCAGAGCUGCAUAGGGCAGGGAUCGUUUGGGGGGACGUCAAAGCAGAGAAUGUGCUUGUCGACCGGGAGGACAACGUGUGGGUGACUGAUUUUGGAGGCGGCUACACCGAGGGCUGGGUCGGACAAGAGAUUGCAGGGACUGUGGAGGGGGAUCUGGUAGGCAUGGCGAAGCUCAGAGAGUUUGUCUUUCAAGAUGAAGCGCAGGAACGCUGGUGGGCCAGAUAG